GUGUGUUUUCACUCUGCGCGAGAACUUUUUUUUUAAACUUUUGUGAACCCGACCCUCUACUUUUUUUUUCUUUUCUGGCCACCUCCAUAUUACCCACUCUAUACUACUAACUAACUAACUAACCCACCAAAUAUAACCACCUCUCUCUCUUUCUUUCUUUCUCUCUCUCCCUCCCUCCCUUUACCAACCCCCACUCCACGAAAAACGCUCAAAUACCACUAUUUUAUAUGUUGUGUAAAAGGAUGCCGGCAUCCCCAUUGUCUCGACUAAGCAAUGGCACAAUACCCGAGAAUACUGUCACCACAGCAACAACAACUAGUCCAACGAUGACAGCAGUACUACCAGCAGCAACAACAACAAUAACAACAACAACAAACGACACUGACAUUGUUGUCCAUGACGAACAAAAACAACAAGAAGCAGACGCGUCAAUGAUACGUUUCCCAACAACAACGAGUUCCACUUCAUCGCCACCACAGUCGGACGACUAUAACGAUAAUAGUUCGGACACGCUAAGCAACAAUACAGAUACUUUGUCUGCUGAUUCCUGCGAUUCCUUUUGCACCACACAACAAUAUCCAUCAUCUGAAUCAAAAGAGGAAUUGGAAUUGGACUCUUACUCGUCGUCGGCGUCACAGUCGUUGUCACCUGUCACGUUGUUGGAUCGAAUAUACCAAGAUAACCUUUCCGUGGAAUUGCUCACAUUGUUCGAAGAACUGUUACCAACACGCGAAAGUUACGAUCGUCGUAUGGGACUGGUGCGUAAAAUUGAACGUUUAUUGAACACAGAGUGGCCAAACAAAGAUAUCCAUGUUCAUUUAUUUGGAUCUUCGGUAAACGACCUUGGAACGAGCCAAUCCGAUGUUGAUUUGUGUAUUGCCACGCCAUGGAACGGUUUGCGUAACGUUCGGAUACUAGCAAAACUGUUUCGACGAUGCAAGUAGUAACGCGAGCGAAAAGAGAAAAGGAUGAGAGGGAAGGGAGAAGGAGACACAAUAAUAAGUAAUCCAUUGUUGUUUUCUAAUUUCGAAUGAUAAUAUUAAUGAUUAUAAUAGGUGGUAUGCAACACGUGGUGUGUGUUCCGCGUGCAAAAGUUCCCAUUGUGCGC